GUGUGUUCUGUGUAGCCAUUCAGUGUGUUUUUCGUCGAUUUGUUUAUCAUCUCGUCGCAUAGUCCGAAUUGAUGGUUUUAUGUAUCUAUCUAUGUAGUGAAAAAUUGAAGGAACAAACGACAAAAGUAGUGUUUAGUGCAUUGCUUAGAGAAAGUGUUCAUUGAUGAAAGUGACAGUUAUCAAACAUGUUUAUCAAGUCGAUGGUUUUAGAGGGCUUCAAGUCCUAUGGCAACAGAAUCGAGAUUAAUGGUUUUGAUCGAGAAUUCAACGCUAUCACUGGCUUAAAUGGCAGUGGUAAAUCAAAUAUUCUUGAUGCCAUCUGUUUCGUGCUUGGGAUAUCCAAUUUAGGGCAUGUGAGAGCAAGCUCUCUUCAAGAAUUGGUAUACAAAUCAGGACAAGCCGGUAUAAAAAAAGCUAGCGUGACGAUUGUUUUCGACAACAGAAAUCGUGAGGCAUCGCCAAUGGGCUAUGAAGAUUAUGAAGAAAUCACUGUAACAAGACAAGUUGUCAUUGAUGGAAAGAACAAAUACAUGAUCAAUGGAUCCAAUGUGCAAAAUAAAAGAGUUUCUGACAUGUUUUGUUCAGUGCAAUUGAAUGUCAAUAAUCCUCAUUUUCUUAUCAUGCAAGGCAGAAUAACUAAAGUUCUAAAUAUGAAACCACCAGAGAUUCUCUCAAUGAUAGAAGAAGCUGCGGGUACAAAAAUGUAUGAAACAAAAAAAGCUCAAUCUCUCAAAUUAAUCGAAAAGAAAGAUAGUAAAUUAAAGGAAAUUAAUGACAUAUUAAAAGAUGAAUUAGGACCAAAAAUAGCCAAACUUAAAGAAGAGCGAGCCCAAUACUUGGAAUAUACUCGAGUAACUAGAGAAUUAGAACAUUGUAAAAAAAUUUUUAUUGCUUGGAAAUUCUUACAAGCUUUAGAUAGUAGUAAGAAAGCCAAUCAAGAUGUUGACAAAAUUAAGAGCAAAAUUGAAAGCCAAAAAAAUAAAAUUAUCGAAGGUGAAGAAAAUGUUAAGCUCAUUGAAGAACAAAUCAUAGAAGUGACCAAUAAAAAAAAUUCUCAAGAAGAUGGCACACUGAAAGAUUUAGAACAAAAUUUACACGAUGUAGAAAAAAAAGAGCAUAAAAUAACUGCAGAAAUUAAUAGCAAUAAAGAAACUAUCAAAGCAGCAGAAACUAAUGUCAAACAACUUGAAACAAACAUUAAAGACGAUGAAAAAUUAUUGGCAUCCAAGUUGAAAGAAAUAGAAAAAGUUGGUGGUUUAUUUGAGCAAUUAAAAGAGCAAGAUCGCAUUGAUUCAGAAGCAGUAGUUGCUGCUCAAGAAGUAUAUCAAAAAAUUAGUUCAGGUUUACUGCAAUGUGAAGAUGGUACUAAUGCUACUUUGGAACAACAGUUAAUGAGUGCAAGAAAUAAUCUAAGUCAAGCUCAAACUGAGAUAAAACAAUGUGAAAUGACCUUGACUCACAAUAAACAACAGCUAGUGAAGAAAAAAUCCAAUAUGCAAAGUACUGAAAAUGAUUACAAAAAAGAUAAUCAAAAGAUGGAAGACAUGCAGAAAGAUUUGAAGAAUUAUGAAAAUGAACUUUCCAAAUUAAAUUAUCAAGAAGGCCACUUGGAAUCUUUGGAAAAACAGAGACAAGAGUUGCACAAAGAAGUAAGAAAAUUAGGAGACAUUGUAGAUAAUUUUGAAUCUCACUAUCCUCAGUUAAGAUUUUAUUACAAAGACCCAGAGCCUAAUUUCAACAGAAAAAGAGUCAAGGGACCUGUAUGCAAAUCUAUUACAAUCAAAGAUAAAAGAGCUGCUUAUGCUUUGGAAGUUGCAGCUGGUAACAGGUUGUACAAUAUUAUGGUUGAUAAUGAGAUGACUGGUAAUAAAAUUCUCAAAUUUGGACAACUACAAUCGCGUGUCACUUUUGUGCCUUUAAACAAAAUAAGUGGAAGACCAAUGGAUCAAAGAACUGUGGAUUUUGCCAAAAAACUUGUUGGCCCUGACAAUGUGCAAACUGCUUUAUCACUUAUUGAUUUUCCACCAGAAACAAGACCUGCAAUGGAAUGGAUUUUUGGAAACGUUUUUAUCUGUAAAGAUAUGAAUGCUGCCAAGCAAGUGGCUUAUCAUAAUAACAUCAUGAAAAAAUGUAUAACAUUACAAGGUGAUGUUUUUGACCCAUCUGGUGUACUUUCGGGUGGUGCCGCUGCUAAAGGAGGAUCUAUGUUAUUAAAACUGGAUGAGUUGAGAGAAACUCAAGAUGCUUUAAAUCAAAAACAACAAGGUUUGGAAGAAAUUGAAAAUAGAAUUUCACAAAUUCACAAAACAGCUGAAAGAUUCAAUUCUCUUAAGCAACAAUUCAAUAUGAAACAGCAUGAAUUGGAUAUGGUCGUGCAACGAGUGCAAAAAACCACACAUCAUCAACUGAAAGUAGAAGUUGAAAAUUUGGAAUCUUCAAUAAAAGAAUUAACAGAAAAAAUGGCAAAAGCUAAACAAGUAGAGAAUACAAGUUCAAAAAGAGUUAAAGAAAUUGAGGCGCAAAUAAAAGAUGCAGAUAAUAUCCGAGAACGCCAAUUGAAAGAAGCAGAGAAUAAACUGAAAGUUCUCAAGAAAAAAGCAGAGUCAAGUAAAAAAGAAUGGCAAAAGAGAGAGCAAGAAUCUGAAACUCUAAAUUUGGAAACAUCAGAACUCCAGAAGACUAUAGAAAGUGGAAAAGAACAACUUGCAAAAGCAGAGGCAAAACUUAAUGAAUUGAAAGAAAAGGGAGAAAAAUUAAAAGUUGAUCAAGAAGAAAUUAGUGCGGUUGUCCAAGAAUGUCAAGCAAAAUUAAAAGCUAAAAAAGAUGCUAUACAUCAACACAAUGCUGAAAUUCAAAAACUACAAAGUAAAAAAGAAGAUAUUUUCAAGAAAAAAGAAGAAAUAGAAUUAGAAAUUAAAAAAUUAAAUCAUGAAUUGAAUUCAAUUAAAAACACUGUAGCAGAAUGCACAGAUAAAAUAAAAGAUUAUAUUAAAAAAUACGAGUGGAUCGAACAAGAACAAAAUAAAUUUGGCGAAAAAGGUGGAAUGUACGAUUUUGAAGCAAAUAAUCCUAAUGAUAUGGGACAAAAAACCCGAGAAUUGGAAAAUCUUUUAGCUAAACUAAGCAGAACAGUUAAUGCUAGAGCAAUGCACCAUCUCAAUCAAGAAGAAGAGCAACAUAAUGAACUUCUGAAAAAGAAGAAAAUUCUUGAAACAGAUAGAAAAAAAAUUUUAGAAUCUAUUAAGAAACUCGACGAAAAGAAAAAAACGACGUUACUUGAAGCUUGGGAAAAAGUCAAUAGAGAUUUUGGUUCAAUAUUUAGCAGUUUAUUGCCAGGGGCAGAUGCCAAGUUAGAACCCCCAGAUAAUCAAUCUGUUCUGGAAGGCCUUGAAGUUAAAAUUGCUUUGUGUGGUGUUUGGAAAGAUUCUUUAGGAGAACUUUCUGGGGGUCAAAGAUCUCUAGUAGCUUUAUCAUUAAUCCUUGCAAUGUUAUUGUUUAAGCCAGCUCCACUAUAUAUUUUGGAUGAAGUAGACGCUGCAUUAGAUCUUUCUCAUACCGAAAAUAUUGGUGUAAUGUUGAAAAGACACUUUAAAAGUUCUCAAUUUAUUGUAGUGUCUUUGAAAAAUGGAAUGUUUAACAAUGCUAAUGUACUUUUUAAAACACGUUUCGUUGAUGGAAUGUCUACAAUUCAGAGAACUGAAAGAGCAAGGUCAAAAUAAUUUUGAAUCAAAUGAG